CUUCCAUCCAGUCCAAAGACUUUCUAGUGGAUGUUGAGUGCGAUUUUCACCGCCGCCGUACUCUCCGUGUUCGUUGCUAUUGUCUAUCGUCCUUUGCAUUUCGGGAAAAUCCUGCUUUUUCCGCUUUCCACUUUUUGCCUCUGCCGUCUGCACUCGUUUUCCCCUCAAGUGCGAAUGAACGACCAAUAUGGCGUUUAGCAUUGAUUUUCAGCAGAGCAGCAACUCGGGACAUUCGCGAAUUUCUGAGGCAAUUUUCUAAGGAAAAUUCGAAAAUUUCGUUUUUUUUUUCUUUCCGAAUUCUUCGAUCAGUUUUCCGGUUCGUUUUGUGUGAAGUCGUGUGUUUCGGGACGGUAUUUGUCUCCUUCUUUCCUAGUGACCCUGCAGCAGUGCUCUCUGAAGUGAUUUUUGCCUCAGAUUCGUUUUCCACCUAGUCCUAGAGUUUUCCGGCUUAUCAGUGCUCUGGGAUUUAGAGAUUUUCGUUGAAAGUUAUCUACUCAGAAAGUGUUCGCGGCGCAUGAAUGAUUCACGAACGACCCCGGCUGAAAAUCUGUUCCGAAAAGUGCACAUCACAAAGUUGCCCCUAUUGUAAGUUAAGGUGCCUGUAAUUGUGACCCGAAAAGUCUGCGAUUGCAUAAUUCGCAGGCUAGUCGCAGGAGCCGCCGGGAUUCCGGCAGCGAAUUUUCCUUCUUGAUUUUCCGAGAGCUCCUGGCUCAUCGACCUUUCGAAGGUGCCGUUUUUGGGUGUGCUCCACCCCUGUCAUUCGCCGUCGCAUCACAUCAUUAUCCUGGGUUAAGUCAUCUCCUCUGGGAAAUUUUCACGAUCUUCCGAGUCCUGUGUGUGCGUGUGCAUGUGUGAUUGUGCCGUGACAGCGCUCUUACAUAUACUUCCAGCGGGCGGACGAGCGGACGUACUCCACAAUCGGCGGAAGCCCCUAAGGUGUUGCCUAUCGUCCGUAAAACCGCACGACGAGAGUCCGAAGGGAAAAGGGAUAUCGGAUGCCGGCUGCCCCCGUCCCACUACAAACACGACCCUUACUUUCCAGCCAGCGCACAUGGACAUGGCUUGCCACCCCAAAUCCGCGAAAAACCGGUAGAAAACGCGUGGCGACAUUUAUACGGCUCCGCUUACGAGCCACCCCCAACGCCGUCGUGGCCCAGAUUUAAGUGGAAAGACGUCGAAGAGACAGACGUUGGGAAUCUGUGUAAAAAACAGCUCAUCUGACAGCUAACGGAAAAUUGCCUUGAAAAGCGCGGAAAUGAUAAGUGACGCUGCUCAUGGAUACGGAAAACUCCACGACGAUGAUACACUCGGUGUGAAAUGCUGCUAGCGCUCGUGACGGUGAUAAACGAAUACGAUGGCACCAAAAUGAAGCCUAGAGUAAAUUGCAAAAGAGAACAUGAGAGUUGAUAGUGCGUAAAUGAAUAUCUGCAUUCUGGAAUAAAAGUCACUAUCAAAUAAUAAGAAAAAUAACUUAAUUGCAUAAACUUGUAUAAUUACAAAUCAAUAGCAAGCAAUUUAACGAAGGGAAUUAGUAAAAAUAUAGAAUUUUCCAUGUAAAUAGUGUAAAUUAUACUAAAAAUUGGUUAAAUCUGUUGAUAAAAAUUGAACUACAAUUGAAAAGAUUUAAUUUAUGGAAUUCCCUCCCACGAGAGAGAAAUUUACUUUCGCUUUUAUCCUUUUUUCCAUAAAAAUUAAAUUCAGCCUUAGGACAGGUUAAUGAAAUACUAUUCUUCCGAAAUCUUCCAAUAUAAAAAAAGCAUUCGAUACGCAGAAAAAAUAGUAAAUAAAAGAAUCACCAACAAUGAAAGUUUAAAUUUCACCAAAACUUAUGAAUUUCCAAUUGCAAACAAACAACCACAUUCAAAAGUUUCCAAUAGUUUAUAAUAUAUUGACGCGAAACACAAAUAAUAACUAUUUUUCGAUUAAAAACAAUAAAUUUAAAAGAAAUUCCUUAAAAUAUUAUCGAUAAACUGCGCACAUUCAACACUGCUUCCUACAACGAGCUGUAUGAAACUUAAAGAAAAGCAUUUGCGGUAGAGCGGAAAAAUCAUCUAGUUUACAGCAACAAAUAUAGUUUAUUAAAACAAACAAUAAUAUUGAGAAAUAAAUGAAGAUAAGAACUGAAUCGUUCGGUAAACAUUAUUUAGUUUAACGUAAUUUUAAUAAAAUCGAUAAUAUUCAAAACAAAGUAAAUACAAACUAAAAUUUAGAAGAAAAAACAAACAAACGCAUUAUGGCUACUCCACCAGAAGUUGACCAGGAUCAGAUACUUCUUACGAACGGACCCCACAAUAUUCCAUCCACAUCAAAAAUUCAAAAAAUGGAUCGUGCCGGCGCGACAACAAGCAAUUAUUUGCCAAUUUCACAAUUUUAUGCUGGACGCAGUGUAUUCAUAACGGGCGGAACAGGAUUUAUGGGAAAGGUUUUAGUUGAGAAACUACUUCGAUCAUGUCCAGAAAUCAAAAACAUUUAUCUACUCAUUCGUCCAAAACGUGGUCAAGAAGUUUCCGCUAGACUGAAUGAAUUGCUUAACUCACCGCUUUUCGAUAAACUAAGAAAAGAACAUCCCAAAGAAUUGAGUAAAGUCAUACCCAUAGCAGGAGAUAUUACCUCUGAAGAAUUGGGAAUAUCUGAAAAUGACCAGGCGCUUCUGUGUAAGACCGUAUCCAUCGUAUUCCAUUCAGCAGCAACCGUGAAAUUUGACGAGAAGCUGAAACUUUCAGUUACGAUAAAUAUGUUGGGAACGAAACGAUUAGUUGAAUUAUGUCAUAGGAUGAUGUCAUUAGACGCACUUAUUCACGUAUCCACUGCCUACUGUAAUUGUGAUCGGACCGAAGUAUCAGAGGUAAUCUACGCGCCUCCCUACAACCCGGACGACGUCAUUUCCCUCAUAAACUGGCUACCUGAGGACAUGCUGGACGAACUAACGCCAUCAUUAAUUGGAAAACGCCCAAACACCUAUACAUUCACAAAAGCCCUGGCCGAGCAUAUGCUACUGAAAGAGGCUGGAAAUUUGCCGGUAGCCAUCGUCCGACCCUCAAUCGUGACUGCAAGCCUCCACGAACCUAUGGCAGGUUGGGUGGACAACUGGAAUGGCCCGACCGGUUUGGUGUCAGCAGUGGGCAAAGGACUUUUCCGAACGAUGUUAUGUGAAGCUAACUACGUAGCAGAUAUGGUACCUGUUGACAUUGUAAUUAAUCUAAUGAUAGCCGCCGCGUGGAGGACGGCCACAGCGAAACCCGACAGUCUCCUCAUCUAUAAUUGCUGCACCGGCCAGCAAAAGCCCAUCACCUGGGGCCAGUUUGUGGAAUUGGCUAUUAAUAAGACUCGAUUACAUCCAUUAGAGGGAUGUCUGUGGUACCCAACCGGAAUAUUGCGAAUGAAUAGACACCUCAACCUUAUUCAUGGAUUUUUCGUUCAUUACAUUCCAGCCUACAUUUUAGAUACAUUCGCGAGAUUAGCUGGGAAGAAACCGAUAAUGGUCAAGGUGCAAGACAAGAUUGCUAAAGCUGUGGAAUGCUUAGAAUAUUUUACCACUCAUCAAUGGCGAUUCAAGGACGACAACGUCAAGGCGCUGCUGAAUGCAAUGAGCCAAAGUGAUCGUGAUAACUUUCAAUUUGAUGUUAAAUCAAUUGAAUGGAACCGCUAUUUGGAACGCUACGUUCUAGGCUAUAGGGAAUUUUUAUUUAAACAAAGCCCGUCUUCACUAUCUUCGAGUAGAGCGAAAAUGAGAAAUUUGUAUUAUCUGCACCAGUUCUCAAAAGUCCUAGUCGUUAUCGUUACAUGGCGUUUUCUUAUGGCUCGAUCUAAGAAGGUCCGUGAUAUAUGGACAAAGUUUCUGCAUUUAGUUUUACAAGUGGUUCGUUUACUUCCGUUUUUCUAAGUUAUGUUCAAGCAGAAAAUGAGAAGAUGGAGGGUAAUGAUAUUGAAGUAAAAACAAUAAGGAGUUUAGCAGUAAUGUUUAUUAAAUAAUGUUUUACUACUCUCCAAAAAAACAUUCAAUUGCUUAUAGUCACAAUAAUAAUUUUCGAACAAUUUUUAUUGUACUUUCAUGUUUCCUUUGUUUUAAUAGCAAAUAUAAUAAAGCAAACAAAUUGGUAUAUAAUUCUCAUAAUAUGAGAUCGAAAAGAUUUCCCUAUAUUUACAGCUAUAAUUUAUUGUUUCGUGCUGUAAUAAUUGAAUUAAAAAAUAGCAAAAACACCGAGAGAAGGGUAAACGGAUUUUAUAUGAAAUAACUCAUAAUAAAGUGCGAGUGGUCACAAAAACAUAAAAUUAUAAGGAAACGGAUGUAUGUAACAAAAUAAUAAUAUAAAAAUACAGAAAUAUUUAUUUAGGAAUUAUUUAACGCAAAAAAUACACAAGAAAUUAAAAAAAAUAUACAAAAAUAUAAAAGACAAACAACCAACCAGCUACAACAAAAAAUAUUACAAGUCGCAGCCUAACAACAAUAAUAAUCCUCAAAUGCUACGAAACAUACAUAAGGAAACAGGAACACAUAAUAGGGAAAACAAUAGAGUUAUUGUCAUCAACAAAAGAUAUUUUGAUAGAAUUACGUUUUAACUUUUCCAUGUUGCAACUAAAGAAACACUGUUUUAGGGACAGGUCCAUUAUUAUAUAUAUCUGUAUGUGUGUAAUAUAAUAUAUACCUUAUGUUGUAACUUAUUUUUAUUUACAUGACAACAAUGAAAAUUUAUGUGUUAGUUGUUUAGUGGGAAAAAUACACUGCCACCAAAAGUACUUUUAUUAAUGUUUCUUUUUUACUUCUUGAUUAUAUUUAGGUUUGCUUUUUGGCUUUAUGAUCAACACAGAUUAUUAUAAUUUCUUUGAUUUGUUGAUUUUAUCCGAUUUGCUCAGACCAACAAUUUGCGUCUAAUGUCGUUUGCAUUGGGUAUUUUGUUAUCAAUCUGAACCUAAAUGUAAAUGAAAUCCUCUCCAGAAAUAUUAUGCUUCUUGGAAAAUUAAAACAUUCAACUCAAUUUCCAGCUAUUUUUCAACUUUUUCUUUACUGCAUCUAAUUACAAAAUGAACUAACUAAUAGCAAACUAUUACUACGCCCUAACGUUCAUGGAUUCCCAGCUUUGUGCUGUCCCACUAUUGUAGAUUUAUCCCCUGAACAGCAUUAGGUGUGGUAAUCAAAGCCGUGGGGAAGAACUUCUGGCCCGGAGUGCAAAUUAUGCGAAAACAUCGGGCUUAUUGUUGAAGUCAACAUUACAAGGUCGAAACUAUGGCAUCGUGGUCUGUAAUAAUCGCUGAAAACCAAUUUGAUUAUUCUUCUGGUGACAAUGGGAUUUGUAUCGUGAUUUGACGUCGGAUACCAGUCGACUCCUGACUUGAGUCAAAUCAGGGUAAUAAUCUUGGGCGAGCGCAAUGCUCAUCACAUUGCCUCCUACUGUGUACGGUAGUAUACCGCUACGGUAUUGAAUGAAGUGCUCUAACACACUUCAAGGCCCUGAUCCAAUAUGGAUUGUUGAGCCAACAAUUAUUAUUAUCAAGGAACCAGCUCAGCGUACCUCCACAUCACCCUCUUUAAAUUAAGCUCCAAAUCACUCCAGAUAGCUCCACAAUAGCAUAAUGUCCUUAGCUAUUUUUUCCGGAUGAUAUCAACUAUAUAUUUUCGACAGUUUUAUCAAUUCAAACCACUAAACGACACCUAGAGCGAAGCUUCUCACUAUUUAGUGUUUUCAAAAGGCAAAAUUUUACGACCAUGUAAGUUAACAGAAGUCUCGCAUUACAAAAACCCCAAAUGUGAAAAUUGAAUGCCAGGAGGCUCUCGGUUGUGUUCUAUUUUUUUAUUUCGAUAAGCACUUCAGGAGGGUUUGGGCUAAAUUUGGCUAACGCCAUAUUUCGGUGAGAAUGAUAUGGGCCGGAAUGGGAGGAUCUUCCGGAGAGUCUUCGUUCGACGAAAUCAUCUAUUCUCUUGUAGAUAAUUCAGCUGUGAUGGGCGAGUGACUUGAUCUGAAUGGACGGAGAAGACCCUGCUCUGCCUGGUAUAUAAGCGUAACACUUAUGUUAAGAGACGUCAUGAUGGAGUGGAGUGAUAGCGCAGCGUAUACAAGGACGCCAAAAAAGUGUUGGCCGUAGUAAACUAGAUAACUUUGGCGCGAGACCAGACCAUCUGACACUUUCUAUUAUGUUCUCGCGCUUUUUAUGGUGAUCUGACCUAGCCAAAGGGGAAAAGGGGAGUGGAAAGCAUGAAAUCUCCUGAGGCCCGGAGUGUGUAAUAGCUGUCUGCAUAAUUUUCACCUUAAACCCAUAUAAUUUUCACCCCGAGUCCUGUUUUUCGGCAUAAUUGUCACCGUAGGCCCGGAUUUUCUCCCUACGACCCUGAUGAUAGAAAUAUGUCGAUAGGCUUUUCUACGAUUUCUUGGUAUUGUGCAGCUUCACUGUUUUUUCAACACUGAUACCGCUUCUGACCCCGUGAAAACCAUCUAACAGCUACUUUGAUAUUUCAGGUCCUUUGUUAUAAUCUGUUAGGCAAUCUUAUAACUAAUGUUCCCCGAAUUUAAGCAGCAUGUUGAUAUUUAAUCCUGUCAAUUGGUCUUCAGAUAUCGAAUUGGCCUGGACCGGAUACCGGUUGUUGCGCCAUUGAUGAUGAUGGUGAAUUGGUCUUCAGAACAGAUUAUGUAAACUGAUCGAUUUUGUUACCCGAAAUGGGCUGAUCUGCGCUCUGUAAGGACGAUGACUCAGAACUCUAUAUGGAUUUGUUUGCUGCGUUACCAACACAAACUUUUAAGCUUCAGUAAUACUGUAAACUAACUAAUUUUUUCGGUAUUGUUUAUUACCGGGAAUUUAAAUGUUUAUCUACCCUUUCAGAGACAGUGAUUUACUCAGCAAGAAACUCAGUCAAUAACUCAACAUCGAUCAGAUACGCCGCACUGUUAUGGCUUUAAGUAAAAUAGGGAGACCAGGACCAUAGGCCACCAAACCAUAUCUUAAGACACUGUUUAGAACUCUUUGCUUGGUCACCGGAGAAAUUUCAAAAUAUUCCAGCAAAGGUUCGAUCCUUCCUGUCUCGAUCUCUACAAUCUCUCAAAAUGUAUCGAGCUGUGGUUUUCGUAAUGCAGUUUUACCAAUACUAACGGUUAUUUAUAAUUAAAUAACACAAUUUGAACAAAAUAUCACUAAGAAUUCAUUUCAAUUAGUUGUUAUUUACAUCCCUACAGGAACGACUGCGCUAUGAGUUAAUUUGAGUUGAUCAAAAGUUUUUCCGUGGAAGUUGGAAUAUCGUUCGCCGUCAACGACCUUUUGAUUAUACUUCUUCUUCAGCCUUUGUCCAUCCAUCAAUCCACCCUUGUCUCGACCGGCUUUUGGUCGUUCCCCAUCGACUUUUGAUGUUCAGACUAAUCUUAGCAAGUGAAUCACGUUAACGUGAAUCACAUGUUGAAGCCUCUCUCACAAUUUUUCCACAAUCGGUGCAACCCCAUAUCGAUCGUGGCGUGUUACAUCACUGGUCAAACGUAACAUCUUCGUCGCCAUUACCGCGAGACUUCGUUCAUUCAUACAAUCGGGCAGCACACAGAACCAUAGAAGGCGACAGAGCAGACAACACUGCGGUAAAUUUUCGACUUGAGAUGGAUGGACGUUGGAUGGGCCGUGCGGCACUGUUUAUAACAAGAACAAAGAGGAAUGAUGAGAGAGCGCUCCUUAAUGAACACGGACUAAGUCAUGAAGCGGUUUUCGAUUUAACCCAGCGCACGAGUUCUUCGUGUUCUAGGUGUUGCCGCAGAGCAUACCAGAUGAGUUCCUGUGGCACACGUUCAAACACAUUCUGUAGAUCCUGAAAUAGAAUGCAAAAAGGGAUGCUUCUCACAGGAUUUUGCCAUGAGUAACCGCGUAGCAUGUAUUGCAACGGUAGUUUUGAUGCCAGGUUGUUCAAUCAUUCGUUUUUAGAACUGCAUGUAAUUUGCAGCCUUCAAUAGAUCGACAGUACAAAGUCUUUCGUAUGGUAUAACGCAAAAUCCAGGCAAUCUCUCUAAUCUGCCGACAAAGUAGUUUCUUAAAAUACUCAUAACUUGGGAAAUCUCAGGUCCAUAGAAAAAUAAACUUGUACUUCAUGAAUGAAGUUUUUCGCAAAGAACUUAUUUCCAGCGUAGGUCUGACCGAUUUCGUGCCUCGGAGUUGCAAAUCUAGCCAUAGUUAUUUGUUGUUUGUCUUUUUGCAAUAACCUUAUCAGUUGCAGAAGGCCUGACGAGAAGGGGGUGAAAAGAUGAGGAUUACACCCGGUCCAGAGUUUUCUCGAGGACCCAGAAUAGAAAUUUGAAAUAAUAAUAAUCAUUGGCGCAACAAUCCAUGUUGGAUCAGGGCCUUGAAGUGUGUUAGAGCACUUCAUUCAAGACCGUAACGGUACACUAGGAGGCAAUGUGGUCAGCAUUGCGCUCGACCGAGAUUUGAAAUUUGAAAACUAAGAAUAAUAGGGGGAUCGUAUAGUUUCCAUGCCUAACCCGAGUAAUUUUCACCGUGACCCCGUUUUCCGCAUAAUUUUAAUCCUGGGUCCAGAUUUUCUCUCUGCCUCUAAAGAAGGGUAAAAUGGAGGCACUCGAGAAAAAAUUCAGAGAAUGUAUUGAAAGUUAGAAAAAACAAUAAAUGAGCUCAUCUCAAUGGCUGACAGCUUUUCAGUUAUUUGGUGUAUUAUAUUUUACUACCUAAAUAACCCCACACUACCAGGAUUAAUAAAACAAGCUUUAACUACGUUUCAGGAUCCAAUGAAGGACUCAUUUAAACGCUAUUUUUUCCCUCUUCUUCAAUAACAUGAAUUAUCAGAAUUAAAAGGGUCAUAAAUGGGUGCAAUUGUAAUGUAAAUUUGGUUUCGUCUACCUACCUUUUCUCAACGACUACUUGUCGGAUCUCAAUAAAACUAUACUAUAGAUUCCUUUGCAAAAGUUAAAUAAAGGAGAGGGAGCAUAUACAACCCAGAAAGUUUUUCAAGGGAGCUAAUUUUAUUUUUUUCAAUACAACAAGUCAUGCCAGAAAGUUUAUGGACCACGCCUCGAUAUAGGGUUGCACCCAUUGUAGAGGUAUGGCAAUCAGAACUUACUAGCUAAGAUUGACCCAAGCAUCGAAGUCGAUAGGAACCGAUCGAACGAUUUGACAGCCUCUCGGCUCCACCUGUAUCAAGUCUAUGACCAAGAAAAAUUGAGCAUUCGAACCGACCUCACUACUAAACAGAACAAAGGCUUAAGAAGAAAAAGGAGUAUGAAGUGAUGCCUUCUAUGUUAUUCAUCGGUUCUAACAGAUUUUCGGAUCUGUUAUGCAUUUUCUUAAACUUUUUAGUUCAUUUUCAAUAAAUACUAAUGUAAAAUAUGGCGCAUCGUUUUUUAUUCAUUAUUUAUUUGUUCUAUUUUUAUUUUCUAUUUAUAUUUUCUAUUUAUAUUUUCAUGGGGCCGAAUCUAAUAAAACUCAUAUUUCCUUUUUUUUGUUUUUCGCCCUAGUAGGCCCCAUAAUGGAUAAGUGCUAGGUGUUUUAUUAUAUUUUUCUUUAUCGACCGCACCGAUCAGGAAAAAGAGCGGGAAUUAUCACGUUUAUGAGGAUAAAAUCUCGCAAACGACGAUAAAAUCAAAUGGGAAGAAAAUUGCAGAUACCAGCGAGCCUUUUUAGUCUUUACAAAAUGUUCCAAAAUUUGAUUUCAUAUUUCAAUGUUUUAUAUCUGACCCAUUUGAAAUUCCACCGGUUCUUCUCAGAAAGAGAUUCUCCACUGUCCCAGUUCAGUAUCAGUUCGAAUAUUUGCAAAAAAAAUCAUAUUUCUAAGUGAAAGACUUAUACAUCCCCAUUAUCACGAUUCCAAGGUACCAAGUUUUGGCCUGUGUAGACUAUACUUUUAAGGCACGUUUGUGGUACCUUCAAGGCAAAGGUCCUUCCAGAAGUUUAGUUCUUAUACAGCAAAAUAAUUGCAAACACUAAUUAAAAGAAUAAAAUAACCAUGUAGUUUCCUUCGCUAGUAAAAUAUUUUAAUUUCUCACAAAUGCCAAUUGUAACUUAUUCCCUUUAUGAGUGCGGGUCACCCUGCAGGCGCUUGCUAGUAAAGGGAACAACAUCAGUAUUUUAUUCUUUCAAUUAUAUUGACCCCUAAAAGGACCCUAAUAUACACUUAGAUAAAUUUUAUCUACGAAAACACAGAACCUCUUCUUUUUAAUUGAAAUAUUUAAAUUACUGUAUUUUGUUUUUGAACACAAUAUUUUAUAUUUCACGUAUUUAUUCUACUUUUUCCAAGAAUCACAGAAAAAAAUGAACACUUUCCUACAUCGGCAGAAUUCGACAAAAACUUGUUUAUUCCUUUCAAUAAAACUUUAUUGAACUGGAAUAUAAAUAAUUUCUUUUUAAGGCACCUUCAGAAAACCUAUGUAUGGCAUAAUACCAACCAAUUGAAUAAACAAUAUUGUGGUUGUACAUUUUAUAUAAAAUAUGAAAAUGUAGCUCUGUACAUAAUAUAUUUAAUUAAAAAAACACAGACUUAUUUAGUAAGACUUGUGAUUAUGUAUAACAACCAUUAUGAUAUUUUCGAUAUUAGUCAAUAAAUUAAUGAAUUAGAAAAUGAUAAAUAUAUAAUUACUUAAACAAAAUUGUAAGCUAUGUAUCUAUUUUAUAGUGGCGUUUUGUUAAGCGUAUUUAAACAAGAAAUAUUGUUUCAAAUGUGUAGACAAGCUACGAAAUGUGUAGUUAAAUAAUUGAAUCAUUUCAUGUAACUUGCUUCAAGUGCUAAAUAAAUAAUAAUUAAAAAUUUCAUUUUUAAUAAGAGAAAUUGUAAAAAAAGGUAACUUGAGUAAUCAUAGAAUUGAUUUAUUUAAGAUAUUAUUUCUGACCGCAUAUACCACCUGACGAAGUCAAGUGUUUUUAGUGAUAAGGUUCGAUGCAUCACUUCGAAAUAAAGUGUAUCUAAAUUGACCUUUAUUUAAAAUUUAUUGCUGCCUUUUGUUAAAUGCUCAAUCAUUCAAACUAUAUUUUAGCACUUCAAAAUUGUCUGUGAAUUCAAGGUUUGUGCACAAAUGAACAUCUUCCAUGUUUUUUUAAGAUAGUGGCAAGCAUACCAGAAAUUUAGCUUCUGGAACAAAAAAAAACAGCCUUGACCAUUUCGCUGUGCAAAAAUAAUAUAUUUUUCCCGACAAUUUGAAAACUUAUUGCUGAAAACACUUCAAAUAUAAAAAGCAACUACAUUUUUAAAAAAUCUGUUAUUUCGUAAACUUAUUCUAUAUAAAUAUUGUACAUCACUUUAAUUUUUUAUCAACCAGGCAACUUUAUAUUUAUUUUAUAUCAAAUAAAAUUUUCCUCAAACGGCAUGUAAAAAUGAUUAAAUUCAAAGAGAAUGCGCAUGUGUGUUCAAAUAAAGAAAACAUUGAAAUUAUAUACAAAAUAAAAUUAUAGUAAAGAAGAAUAAACAAAAAGUUGCUUCCUCUAAAUGUGUAGAAUAAAUAAUGAAUGCAAAUACUUUUUUGAACUAAUAUUUUUGAUGACGGUACAUUAAGAAUUUGAUUCUUAAGAAAAAAAACCGAUAAAUGUGUGUGGAGAUUACUGCAUUCAUCGUUCGUAUUAGAUCAAAAAAGUUUGGGUAGAUUAAGUUCAGCAAUAUGAAAUCAACAAAUGAAGGAAAUGAACGGGCAGCGUUAAGGAAUAAUGAAACAAAUUAAUAGUAAUGACAAAAUAAAUGAGACAACAAAAUAAAUAAACUAGUUUCGAAGAAGAUGCGAAUUUCCUGUAUAAUGUCACCAAAAAUUGGAAAAAGCGAAACAAAAUAUUACAUAAUUGAUCCAAUAAAAUGAAUAAAUGAUAUGCAAAA